AGAGCACUCGUCUGUCGACCAGGCUUGGUGCGAAAGAUACGCAUUGUUCUCUCCAGCCAUGACAACCGUCUCCUCCUUCGGAUUCGGACAGGAUGGCUCGCCCUUCGGUUGACGGGGCAACAAUUAGCUCCAAAUGCUCCUCGUGCCGCUAUCCCCAGCCCGAACGACGGCGGCAGCUCAGUCUCGUCUCGAGUCUGUCGAGUGAUCCUAAGCUCGAAUUGGGGUUGCACGGCGGGAUCUGGCCGAUCAGGAUCAAGGGCUAAGCAGUCAAUCGACAAGCGCUCGGUUGACGCGAAAGUGGCCGUUGCCGUGGGACCGCUUCAAAGCACCAACUCCGUGCCACCUCGACGGGAUAACAUUUGCUCUCAAAUUGGUCAAUCCGGUCGACUUGGCAACAGUCAGAGCACUUUACGUCGUCGUUGUACGGGUCAACGUUGA